ACAGCCAAUCUUUGUGUGAACACUAGACAGCCUUGUCUAUCUCAGCCAUUACUGCCAUGCUCUUUUGGUUUAUAAAACAUCUAAAAAUAAAAUAAACUGUCCACGGUCCACCAUAAACACCCGAGGUCAUAUGGGUCAUGACAGAGACAUGUGAAGGACAAACUACAUAGUACUGCCACUAUACGAGCUCUAGGCAUGUACGCUUGAACUUUUAAGACAGAACCAGUGCGGCCGGACACUGCGCACGUUCCACGUUCUUGCCGAAGAUUGGGAGAAACAAGACGCCAGAUCGUGCAUAAAGCGUUGCAAAACAACCUAGACGCUACAUCAAACCGGCACUCAUCACAGCAGCAGUCAAACUGAGCAAUGGAGAUCUCGCUGUCUGGGAAGCGUGUUCUGAUCACCGGCGCCGGCCGAGGGAUCGGCCGAGCCUUGGCGAUCCGUGUGGUCGCCUGCGGGGGUCACGCGAUCGCCCUGUCCCGGACCCAGGAGCACUUGGACACCCUGAAGGCCGAGUGUCCCUCGGUGGAGACGGUAACCUGCGACCUCAGCGACUGGGAGGCGACGCGCGAAGCGGUCGAGGCUCUGGGACCCGUCGACUGUCUCGUCAACAACGCUGGUGCUUUCAUUUUUGAACCAUUUCUGGAGGCUCGUAAGGAAAGUCUGGACACCAUAUUCAACGUCAACUUCAAAGGGGCCUUCAACGUUGCACAGGUGAUCGCUCGAGGAAUGGUUGAGCGUGGCAAGGGAGGCGUCAUCAUCAACAUGUCUUCGGAGCUGGGACUAAGGACAAUUCAGGGCGGCGCUAUCUACUGCUCCUCGAAGGCGGCGCUGGACCACCUGACGCGCGUCAUGACGCUCGAGCUGGGACCCAAGGGGAUCCGCGUCAACUGCGUCAACCCGACGCUGGUUGAGACGGACAUGUCGAGAGCUGUAUGGGAGAAUCCGGACACUGCCGAGUGGAUUCGCACCCGGAUCCCGAUGGGUCAGUUCGCUUCGCUUGAUGACGUGGUGAGCGCCACACUGUUCCUGCUCAGCGACCACGCCGCUAUGAUCAGCGGAGUAGCGCUGCCCGUGGACGGAGGAGCCACUGCGCGCUGAGAAUUCCGCCACUGCGCGCUGAGAAUGAGCCACUGCGCGCUGAGCAUGAGCCACUGCGGCGCCGAGAAGAGCUGAGGGAGCCACUGGAGCCAAAGGCCCAUCUUCAAGCAAGACGUGCAUCGGCGCACAGGCCAAGAAAAGCUCAUAAAUGUUUUCAGGAGACUGUGGCAAGCGUCUGUGGCAAGAUCACGUGCCAGGCAACUCAGCUGACCGAAAUUUAAUAAAAAAAUAUGUUGGGAAUGCCUCGUCGAAGCGAGGCGCUGUUCAUGUUCCGGCCUCUAGGAGCUCACGACGCAUGCCAGGUCAGUGUGGGCUAGGUUCAAGCCGGCCACGCUGCAAAACAUGGCGGCUGGCAUGGCGCAGCGUGUAUCCGUGUGUUUGCCAAUGAAAUGAGUAGCACAUUGAGUGGUCAAAAAUAUAUCAAAACGCAAGUACUCCGUUUUACAUGCAAAUACAAUGUAAGAACGAACUUAUGGGACGCCCUGUACAUAGUGUCGACUGUGUAAAUUGUGCUUUUGGAUCAAGAAUAAAAAUAGAUAUCGAA